AUGACGGCGGUCGCAAAUCCACCGAGUUUUCAGCAGAACAGCCGUUCGGGAUGGAGUGCUAGUCAGGGAGCACUGAAUGCUAUGAACGCCGACGAAGUCACCCGAAUGUUCAUGCCACGGAAAAGCGCUCAACGAGCAAACUCCUCAUCUUCCAUAUCAUCGAAUUCCUCCACCUCCUCGACUUCUACGAUUUCUCAAGCAUCGCCACAACUCAAUGGAGUACCUAUGACACCACCAGAAGAUCCCAGCUCCUGGGGAACUGCGGCUCGAAAGAGGACCCAGAAAGUGGCACCCUGGGUAGCAAUUAAACCAGAUCCUAUAUCGGUGUCUACAGUGCGGCCUCAAUCGAUACUAGCAACAAACGGGGCAGCUACCGCGUCUCCCUCUCCAGUGGUACCCUCUCAAUAUAACAUACAACCACCUACACAACAGCUUAAUGGGGGUCGGCCUCUUGGUCCACCAAUCAUCGAGGGCAACCCAGUCUUGUAUCUUCUCUCUAUGAAUGGGACCUUUGAGCGGAAAACCAUAACGGUCCCCUUCUACCCCGAUAGUCUACGAAUAGGGCGCCAAACUAAUGGGAAAACUUUACCUACCCCUUUGAACGGCUUCUUCGACUCCAAAGUCUUGUCAAGACAACAUGCAGAAAUUUGGGCAGAUCGACAGGGCAAGAUCUGGAUUCGGGAUGUCAAGUCUUCAAAUGGCACGUUUGUUAACAAUGCACGACUUUCCGCAGAGAAUCGAGACUCAGAACCUCAUGAGCUGCAAACACAAGAUCACCUUGAACUCGGCAUAGAUAUUGUCAGCGAAGAUCAGAAAACUGUCGUACAUCAUAAAGUUUCUGCAAAAGUUGAGUAUGCUGGAUUCCUUGGGGCAUCUAACAAUGUUCUGGAGAUGAACUUUGGAGAAUUGGAUCCCGCAAAUGGAGCGAUGAUGUUGCCUUCCCAAGGCUCGCUACAAAUAAGAGGGAGAUCAGGUAGUGUAGGAUCUGUGAACAGCCACGCUCGGUUAGGUCCACCCUCAAGCUUUGCUGGUAGUCAAAUGACUGCUAUGAUCCAGCAACGCCCGAUGAACUUCUGGUUGACCCCUGUCACAACUGAGCAAAUCGUCAAGAGACUUACUCAUGAAAUGAGGGAGGCUCGUCUACAGACGAACGAGCUUGGACGUACUGAUAGCUUUGUCGGCUCUUUAUUGUCAAAGGAGGAUGUCAAAGAGAACGAAAGAGAGAAAGCUCCUCUUAUCGAAGCACCAAAGCUUUGCCAAAUCAAUGGCAAUCCUGUAUCUUUCCGAAACGAUAGUAAACCUCGAUUCUCAGACCCUCCAGCCCCACCACCGCAACAACCUCUCCCUGAAAAGCCUGAUGUUGCGCGCUCACAAGUCCUCGACCCACCAGUACCUGCCCUGAAGCGGACUAAUACGGAACGUCCUCGGUCUGAUUCUAGUGCCUCUCCCGUUCGCCAGGAACCUACGAGCCAAAUCAUUACGCUGGUAGAAGCUUUAGCUACAGCGAAAAAGGAGAUUGAUACACAGGGUGCCCGGCUACGAGAUCUCGAGGAAAUGUUGCAAAAGGAACGCCAGGCACGCGAGCAAGCAGAAGAGGUCGCCAAGAGGCUCGAGUCGCGAUCGGGAACGAUGACGAAUGGUGUAGCGACAGCAAAUGAGGAAGGUUCAAUCGAAGAGGAAGCCUUUGAACCACCUUCGGAACGAGCCGAGUCACCGGAGGAUUUAUCGAUGGAGGGAGCUUCAACCCAUGAUACUGUUGACCCGACCGCUAUCAGCGACUCGACCCUGUUACUUGAGAAAAAACUGGAGACAAUGUUACAGGAUAUGCAACAACUACGGGAUCAAAUGGAUUCAUUCAGGCUUCGGGCUGAGAUUGCUGAGUCUGAACGAGACAACGAUCGCAAGACAUUGGCUGAGAUGGUUGAGAAGAUCAGAUCUGAUGAAAUGGCGAGACGCUCGUUGUCAACCGAGCGGGCACGAUCAGCUUCCAGGGAACUAUCCGCAGAGAUUUUGCGAAAUGGCAAGCUCGAAGUGGCCAAUCUUGUGGCAGAGAAACGUAGCUUGCCGAAUGGAAGCAUCACGUCCGACGUAAAGGAUCCCAUCAAGGCGGUUGUCAGCACUCUCUCGCGGCCACCAGGUACUCCCUUAUCGCACCAGGCGACCCCAUAUGCCUCCAUGAUUGGUGUUGUACUUCUUGGUAUGGGCGUUAUGGCGUAUCUGAACGGAUGGCAGCCCCCGAAAGAAAGAUAG